AUGGCCGGCCCAGACAACCAGGGACAGGUUACGGGGCCAGGAGACUGGGCAGGGCCGUGGUCUCUGUGGGGGCUGAGCCUGUGCCCGGGGAGCGCGGAUGCUGGCAGUACCGCUGCGGCCCUUCACCCCCCUGGAUCUCCCGCCCACCCUGCCCAGGGCCUCUUCUGGUGGAGCAGACAGGGCGGCUUUAAAACAGGUUCCCCCAUAUGGCCUCCGUUUGGAUCCUGGAACUCCCUCUGCAGCCGGAGCCCCGAGGCCGAGAAUCAGCCGCAAGAGAUGAGAAAACUGAGGUCAGAGAGACUAAUUAGCAGAGGAGAGUUUCAAGCCCAGGGAUCUGACUUCGAUGGCUACCUGUGGAACCGCUGCUGUAGGGUAAUCCACUCUGAUGCUCUUUCUGACCAGAGAUUGAAAUGA